CAUUUUUUUUAAUGCAGUUUCCCUUAAAACAGCGUUUAUUUAUAAUAUUCUCUUGAGGCGUCCAUGAGUUUGUUUGGGGGUUUUUUUCUCUCCACCUACAGCGGUCCUAAAAUAAGGCGAUACUUUCUAGUAUCCAAUUAGUUCCUUGAUUAGGGGUGACCUAACUGAGAUGGAUACAUACAUUCUGCUACCUCAUCUGACUUAAUUAAAGUGCGCUCAGAGUUACGCGGCGUGCGUAAUUUCCAGUUACGACGCCAAAGAGAAAGGACAGAAAGAAGGAAGAAAGAAAAAAAGAAAGAAAGAAAGAAAGAAAGAAAGAAAGAAAGAAAGAGAAAAAAAUCGCCUCUGCGCAUCCACCGGAGCUGUUUUGUCUAUAGGAAUUAGGCGUCUUUCCCCACCACAUAUUGUUUUUCUCCCCCCGCAUUUGUGGUGGGAGCUGGUAACGUGGGUUAACUCCAGCUCAAGUCUCCGUAAAAGCGCAGAGAACUGAUGACGUUGGGCUGGAUGACCAAUCGGGAGGCGCUGCCCUUUGGAGACAAACCAUUUUACUUGUAGUGUCUGCAUCAAGUCUGCAAGCGAGGGCUCAAUUUUAACAGAAUCCACCUUAAAAUCUCUCCCUUAACUUAUGUCUACCUUCUGCCACUUUGAGUGAGAAUACCGCAGGACAAGAGAGGAGGGCGGAUGAGGGGGGGAGAUAAAGACGGCAUCGGGAAAUUUGGGGUGUUAAUAGGAGAAAGGGGGGAGGAAGAGACAACAGCACAGCGAGAGAGCGAAAAAGCGAUUUGGUCUUGAGAGAGGAGGGGGUGGGGGGGGUGAGUGCUCUCAAGGCAGAAAAUUCGAUGAUGACCAUGACAACGAUGGCUGACGGUCUGGAGGCUCAGGACUCGUCCAAGUCCGCGUUCAUGGAGUUUGGGCAGCAGUCGCACUCGCAGCAGAGCUCCCCGUCGAUGGCCGGCGGCCACUACCCGCUGCACUGCCUCCACUCCGGAUCGCACUCUCACCACCAGCACGACAGCACCGCGUACCCCGGGACCAACACCUACAACCGGUCGCUACCUUACCCAUACGUGAGCCAUCCGCACCACAGCCCGUACCUGCCGUCCUAUCACAACAACGCGGGAGGACAGACGCGGUUAGACGGCGCAGAGCAGCAGAAGACGACAGUGAUUGAAAACGGAGAGAUUCGGUUUAACGGGAAGGGGAAGAAGAUACGCAAGCCGCGGACGAUCUACUCCAGCUUGCAGCUCCAAGCACUAAACCACCGAUUCCAGCAAACCCAGUACCUCGCUUUGCCUGAGCGCGCCGAGCUGGCGGCCUCUCUGGGACUGACGCAAACGCAGGUAAAGAUCUGGUUCCAAAACAAGAGGUCGAAGUUCAAGAAGCUGCUGAAGCAAGGCGGCAACCCGCACGAGAGCGACCCCAUCCCGGGCUCCAUGUCCUUAUCCCCGCGCUCCCCAACCAUCCCUCCGAUCUGGGACGUUUCGGCCUCUUCCAAAGGAGUGAACAUGCCGGCCAACAGCUACAUGCCCGGCUACUCUCACUGGUACACGUCUCCACAUCAAGAUUCGAUGCAGAGAUAGACUGGCGAGGGCCAAACGGAGCGUGGGGGUGAGGGGUGGAGGUCUGCAAAGGCAGUCUGCAUGGAGGCCCUUUUCUGCGGGAUCUCCUCGCCGUGCAGUACUUGUUUUUUUCCGCAACGUAGCCUACAAUUUGGACGCUGGAGAGGAGCGAGAGGGUGCUGCUCCUCUGCUGGAGGAUUUAACCAGCCAAGCCUCGGUGCAGAGACACAAACUAAAGGGGACUUAUCAUUGUUUUUUCAAGCGUACAUGGCUGUUGAGUUGGCACGUUUUUGUCAUGCUUUCAUUCAUGUCUACAUCUGAAUAUACCAAAUAUUGCCAGUGACAUUUUUGUUUUUGUUUUUGGGGGGAUGGGGGCGGGGGAGAUUUGUGGGUAGGGGGGCUUUGGAGGGGGGGGAAGAAACAUUGAAGACUGCUGACCGUAUCGGUGCACCAUCACUGACAGAAAACCUUUUUUUUUCUUCUUUUGCCAUGAUAACAACACCCCUGUGACUGCAUUUAAUUUUUAUUUUCCCAACAUGCAAAACCAAGCAAAAGUGUCUGUAAAUAUAUUCUGCGACUUUAGUUGUACAUACACUUUUUAUGUUUUGUCAGAAUGAGUAAAACCGUGACUCAAAACAAGA